CAGCUGCUGCAGCCGCGGCCGCUCCUCCCACCCCGGGCAGGGCUCGUCAUGUGGCGCGUGGCGCGCGUGCUGUGUGUGCACGCUGCAAACCUCAGCAAGUUCUCGGGACCUUGCAACAGGCCUGCCGCCUUCAUGUCCACUCUACUGAUCAAUAAGCCUCAGUACGCCUGGCUGAAGGAGCUGGGGCUCCGCGAGGAGAACGAGGGCGUGUACAAUGGAAGCUGGGGCGGUCGGGGAGAGGUUAUUACCACCUAUUGCCCUGUUAACAACGAGCCAAUUGCAAGAGUCAGACAGGCCAGCGUGGCAGACUAUGAAGAAACUGUCAAGAAAGCAAGAGAAGCUUGGAAAGUUUGGGCAGAUAUUCCUGCUCCAAAGCGAGGAGAAAUAGUAAGACAGAUUGGUGAUGCCUUGCGGGAGAAGAUCCAAGUACUGGGAAGCUUGGUGUCUUUGGAGAUGGGGAAAAUCUUAGUGGAAAGCGUGGGGGAAAUUCAGGAGUACGUGGAUAUUUGUGAUUAUGCAGUUGGUUUAUCGCGGAUGAUUGGGGGACCUGUCCUGCCCUCUGAAAGGCCUGGUCAUGUGCUCAUUGAGCAGUGGAAUCCCGUAGGCCUGGUUGGAAUCAUCACGGCUUUCAAUUUCCCCGCGGCGGUGUAUGGCUGGAACAACGCCAUCGCACUGAUCUCUGGGAACGUCUGCCUGUGGAAAGGAGCCCCAACAACUUCCCUCAUUAGUGUAGCUGUCACAAAAAUAGUCGCCCAGGUUCUAGAGGACAACAAGCUGCCUGGGGCAAUUUGUUCUCUGAUGUGUGGUGGAGCAGAUAUCGGCACAGCCAUGGCCAAAGACGAGCGGGUGAACCUGCUGUCCUUCACGGGGAGCACGCAGGUGGGAAAACAGGUGGCCCUGAUGGUGCAGGAGCGGUUCGGGAAAUGUUUGCUGGAACUUGGAGGAAACAAUGCCAUUAUUGCUUUUGAGGAUGCAGACCUCAACUUAGUCGUUCCAUCAGCACUCUUUGCCGCCGUGGGGACCGCUGGCCAGAGGUGCACCACCGCGAGGCGACUGUUUUUACAUGAAAGCAUCCAUGAUGAAGUUGUAAGCAGACUUAAAAAGGCCUACUCACAGAUCCGCGUUGGGGACCCGCUGGAGCCUAAUGUGCUGUAUGGGCCGCUGCACAGCAAACAGUCAGUGAGCAAGUUUCUCGGAGCAGUGGAAGAAGCAAAGAAAGCGGGCGGCACUGUGGCCUCUGGGGGCAAGGUUAUGGAUCGCCCUGGAAAUUAUGUAGAACCCACAAUUGUGACAGGCCUUGCCCAUGACGCACCCAUUGUGCACACAGAGACCUUUGCUCCAAUUCUCUACGUUAUUAAAUUCAAGGAUGAAGAGGAGGCCUUUGCCUGGAAUAAUGAGGUGAAACAGGGACUUUCAAGUAGCAUCUUUACCAAGGAUCUGGGCAGAAUCUUCCGCUGGCUUGGACCUAAAGGAUCAGACUGUGGUGUUGUAAACGUCAACAUUCCAACCAACGGGGCUGAGAUUGGAGGAGCGUUUGGAGGAGAAAAGCACACUGGCGGUGGCAGGGAGUCUGGCAGUGACGCCUGGAAACAGUACAUGAGAAGGUCCACAUGUACCAUCAACUACAGUAAGGACCUUCCCCUGGCCCAAGGAAUCAAGUUCGAGUAAAGGUGUUUCACUUGGCCAUUCCUUAAUGUCUUAUAGGCCUUUCUGCAGCUGCCCUGAAGACCAACAAUAUUAAGCUUUGCCUUGAAUAAAUGUAUCAUUUUGAAUAUGACAAUGGCUAAUCUAUGACCCUCAAGCCCUGACUAAGUCAGUAGACUAAUUUUUUUUUAAAUAAAAAUGUUCACAAUCUUGCUACAUUCAGUAAAAAAUGAGUUCGAUGGA